GAUACAGAGUCAUAUGACUUCCUGACUUAAAUUGUACUCCUCACUGCCACAAACUACUUGUUUCUAUCGCCUUUCUGCUGACUUUUGCUACAAAAAACUGUCACAAUGUCGCUGUGUGGAGGAACUUCCAAAGCAUCUGAUGCUAACGAAGAAAUUCAGAAGAUAGCCGAUUCGGUAAAGGCCGCUGCAGAGGGACGAGGAGGGAAAAGCUAUGCUGUUUUCACAGCUAAAAGCUACACAAGUCAGGUUGUGGCCGGGACCAACUAUUUCAUCAAGGUCCAUGUUGGAGGAGAGGAUCAUGUCCACCUCCGUGUCUACAAGCCACUCCCAUGUUCUAAUGAACCAGUUUCACUGACUAGCAUGCAGGUUUCCAAGAAACAUGAUGACCCUGUUGAGUACUUUUAAUUAGGGUCCUAAACCAAACAAAGCAUCAGUGCCUACAGUCUGUCAUCCCAUUAUAAUUAGUUAUAAUCAAAUUAUCAUGUCUUUUAAUACUAACAAUACCAUAUGCAGUUCCCAUGGCUAAGAUGUAAUAACUGUAUCGUACUGUAAAAGACUAUGUCAAAAUUGAACUUUUUUUAUAUAAGAAGAUUGAAUAAAUGAAACUGAUUUGUUGUGAUAUUAA